AGUAUAUUCAGAGGUUUCAUCAAGUAAGGACUCGUGAGUCGAAGACUUAGUAAUUUACCUUAAGUUUCAAUCAAUGCAAAAUGGAUUGGAAUUUAAUAGUUUGGACAGUAGUGACUCUACUGGUAGCAGGAUAUUUUUACGUAAAGAAUAAGUUCAAGUAUUGGGAAAAAAUGGGUGUCCCCUACGUGAAACCCGAAUUUCCUUUUGGGAUUUUAAAAGAAAUAGGAAAAACUAAACAUUCUAGUGAAGUCUACACAUCGGCUUACAAAGAACUCAAAGGAAAAGAUGUUCUUGGUGGAAUAUACUACUUUACCGAACCCGUUGCUAUGAUAACUAAUUUAGAUCUAGUGAAGAAAAUCUUAGUGAAAGAUUUCAAUUAUUUUCAAGACUCAGGAGCUUAUCUUAAUGAAAAAGAUGAUCCACUAUCUUGUCAAAUGUUUGCUCUAUCUGGACCACGUUGGAGGAGUUUGAGAAAUAAACUAAGCCCUACUUUUACAUCUGGAAAAAUGAAAAUGAUGCACAAUACGAUGGUAACUGUUGCCGUGGAAUUACAAAAUUAUUUAGAAGCCCUUGCUGACCAGAAGAAAACCAUUGAAAUUAGGGACAUUAUAGCACGAUUUACAACUGACGUUAUUGGGAAUUGUGCUUUUGGAAUUGAAUGCAACAGUUUGAAGGAUCCUGAAACAGAGUUUCGUCAAAUUGGUAGAAAGGUUUUUGAAUCUUCCUACUUUGGAUUUCUUCGUAAUUUCUUUGUGAUGAUGUUUCAGGAUUUGAGUCGCAUGAUUAAAAUUAAAAUAAAUAGACCAGAAGUUACAGAAUUUUUCAUGAGGGUCCUUAAAGAGACCACUGAGUAUCGCGAAAAGAACAAUGUAAAAAGAAAUGAUUUCCUAUCACUGUUACUGCAAAUCAAGAAUACAGGAAAACUUGAGGGUGAUGAUACGGAUUUAGGAAAAAUUACAUUUGAAGAACUUGUUGCACAGACAUUCCUCUUCUUUGCUGCUGGAUUUGAAGGUCCCUCAGGUGCCAUGACAUUUAGUCUUUAUGAACUAGCUCGUCAUCAGGAUAUUCAGGAUAGAGCCAGAGGCGAAAUAAACAAAAUUUUGGUGAAAUACAACGGAGAAUAUUCUUAUGAAGCUUGUGAGGAAAUGAAAUAUCUAGACCAAAUAAUCAAUGAGACUCUUAGAAUGUAUCCAUCAUUGGACAGCCUUUUUAGACAAUGCGUUAAGGAUUACCAAGUUCCAGACUCACAGCAUGUUAUUGAGAAGGGAACUAUUGUACAUGUUCCUAUUCACAGCAUUCAACACGAUCCUGAAUUCUAUCCCAAUCCCGAAAACUUCGAUCCGGAUAGAUUUACUGAGGAUAAUAUUAGAAACAGACAUCAUUUUGCUUGGCUUCCCUUCGGUGAAGGUCCCAGGAAUUGCAUCGGAAAGCGAUUCGGCCUUCUUCAAACCAAAAUCGGAUUAGCUCACAUGAUUUCGAAGUAUCGUUUCCGAGUGUGCUCUAAGACAUCAAUUCCUUGCAUUUUAGACCCUCAAAGUAUAGUAAUAGCCCCUAAAGGUGGGAUAUGGUUGGCCAUCGAAAAAGUGUAAGUUAAGUUUACAAAGAAAUAAAAAAUUCAGCAUGAAAAGAAUUUAGGAAAACCGUAAUAGGGUAAGUGUGCCAAAUUUCGGCCAGCUUGCAAUUCCGGCCACCUUUUUUGUUCCUCGAAUUUCCAUGAAUUUUUAGUUUUUACAUACUGUAGAGAUUAUACAAUGCAAAAGAAUAACAAAAAAUGUAACUUCGACAAAUGAGAUGACGUGAAACAGGCAUUGGAAGAAUUCCAGAAGGGCAAGGAACUAUGAGAAUGAGGGUGGCCGAAAUAGGGCACCAAAGCUAUGUCUAUAUUUUUAUUCAUUUUAAAAUGUAUUAAGAAUGAUUUUAAAAUAAAUAAAGACGAUAAACUGUCUGCAAGGUUCUAAGCAACAGUCCUUAAGUAAAAGGAAUGAAAAAAAUCAUUUCCUAUUAAAAAUAUUACAUUUCAAACUUGAGACUUUGGCGUUUGCAUGCAACUUUGCCAAAAUUUGACACACUUACCCUAAGUCCUGUUAAUCUUAUGGAAGCAAAAAUUCAAGUUCUAAAAUUCUGAUUAGGAUCAGAUUUAGAAAAUGCUUUCCAAGACUACAGUGUAUUUAGUUUUUAAUUUACCUUUUUAAUAACUAAGUAGAAGAGCCUAAAGGUUCAAAGAGGCUCAGGCUGAUCCUCGAGAAUAUUUAGCCUAUAAAAUUUCGCAAUAAAAAUUUGUUCCAUAUUAUCAUAUACUGUGGAUUUAAGAUCAAUGAUAAGAGUUCCUUGCACAAGUUUCCCAUUACUUAAUACGUUACUACCGAAUUUUACAGGCUAAUUCUCGAGGAUCAGCCUGGGUGUAUUUUGGCCCUAACACGAUUUUCAAUCUAGAGAAGUUAAAAUUAACAUUCCGGAAAUGUUAAUUUUAUCCUGCUGUAUUGAUCCGAAAUCGGUGUAAAUAUUACCCUUUUUAGGUGUAUUAAGGGUUAAAGUUACCCUUUUUCAUGUUAUUUUUACCCUUAAAAAGGUGUAAAAUUAACAUUAAAAAAUGUUGAUAAAUUUUUACACCUAAAAAUGUUAAAGGUUUGAGGAAAAAAAGUUAAUCGCACCCUCUUUUUUCAGUGUAGCAAAGAGUGGUUAAUCAACCCUAAAUUUAAAUAUUGUACAAGUGACUGAACACCAAGGACCUAAUGAUUCCAGAAAACAUUUGUAAAACUCUGGUCAAUGAAAUUAUAAUCUUGGUGAUGUGUAUUAUUGAUGUAAAGAGGCAAAUAAAGUUAAUAGUAAAAUUA